AUGACCGUUGCGAGCAGCGGCGACCGAUCGCGGGGGGGGCGAACAGCGGGCGGUGUUGACGAGGAGGCUAGCGCUGGAGCGGCGGGUAGACCGAGCACGCGAGCACCACCGGUGAAGUCGGGGACCGCCACCGCAUCCGCACGGCCCGCGAUUUCGUCGCUGGAGGCGUUGAGGGUGCGAGUAGUGAAAAAGGUGGGCGAGAAAAGCGACGAUGGUGGGGACGGAGGAGGUGGCCGUAGCAGUGACGAAGAUGGCGACGACGAAGAUGACGACGGCGAUAGCUUCGAAGUGGACUUGAAGCUGGAGGCUUACGACGCGGAGGUUCGGAGGCGUAGCGCGGACGCGGCGGCGGCUCCGCGGCCCGGUGCGGUGGAAUCGCGAUCAUCGUCGGUUUCGGCGGGGACACGGCCACCGUCACGCUUGCGGCCGCCUUCCGCCGCCGCAGAGACAGCUCCAGGAGCGUUGACCACGGCCACAGCAGGCGCCUCGCACGAGGGCGGUUCGAGAGCUGGUGGGUUGCCGAGAACGGGCGCUGGUCCUGCAGCAGUAGCAGCAUCCGUCGAGGAGGAGAAGGCACCGUCGGAGCCGGCGGUAUCAGGGACGGCGGCGCCAGGGGAUCCCGCCUCUUCCGUGGCGACGACGCAUGAUCGCGGCGCCAACGGCGGUGGUAGCCGCGGGCGGGGUUUCCUCGAAAGGGGUGGUAGUGGUUUGCUCUGGCGCUCGGCAAGCGGGACUGGAGGAGCGAGAGGCAAGGCCGGGGGGGGCAUGCACCAGGUUGCCGAGGAGGACGAAGACAUGAGCCUCACCAUCGGGACCGGAAGCGGACGGCCUAUGGUCCCCGUCAUGACGGCGGGGGGCGCCGGGAGCGGCGGUAACCUCCGCGGGCUGAGCCAGGGCGGCGAGAAUUCGGCCUCCCGAAACGGUACCGGUGUCGCCGCUCAAAACCCCGGGGGCACGCCGGCGGCGACAGCAUUGCCCGUGGGCGAGGAGUCACCCUGGUCGACGUGCGGCAGCAGCAGCAGCAGGGGCCCCGGAGUUUUUUCUGCCGAGGGGGGGGGGUUGAAGGGAGAUUUGACGCCGCAGGUGGGCUCUGAGCGGACAGAUAAAAGCGACCGGGGCGGAGGUGGUGCUGGCAGCGAGGGGUUAGGCGAUGGGGCCAGCUCUUCAAGUGGGCUGUUGGGCAUCGGCGGCAGGGGGUGCAGCUUCGACAAACCUGGCAAGGUGGUGGCCUUUGACCACUCGUCGGUCUCGCACAAGAGGAGUUGGUCGGAGGUGAUGGUGAACGGAGUCCUGUACCUUAAGACGGCUCAGAUUGGACGGGGCGGCAGCAGCAAGGUUUUCAGAGUCGUUGCUCCGGAUUGCGAGAUGCUGGCGCUGAAGGUUGUCAAGGUGGAUAACCACGCCGAAAAUGCGAAAGCUCUGUUGGAUAGCUAUUCGAACGAGAUUGAGCUACUCAAGAGCCUGCAGGGGAACCGUUUCAUCAUCAACCUCGAGAACUCGGAGGUGGACAGAAGAAGAGGGCUCAUCUACAUUGUCCUGGAACUGGGGGAAACGGACCUAGACCAGUUGAUGCGGCAGUACAAGGCUAACAUCGCCUCAUCACGGGCCGACCCUAAAGCGUUGGGCUUGUUCCCGGGAGGUCUGGACGCCAAUUUCGUGAGGGUAAUCUGGCAGCAGAUGUUGAAGGCAGUUCAGGCCAUGCACGAACAGCGAGUGGUGCACGGUGAUCUGAAGCCGGCGAACUUCGUGUUCGUGAAAGGCUCCCUGAAGCUUAUCGACUUCGGCAUCGCCAAGGCUAUCUCCAACGACACCACGAACAUCUCGAGGGACUCGCGGGUCGGCACGAUGAACUACAUGUGCCCAGAGGCGUUCGAGGACACGGGGAACGGCGAAUUGGACCCCGCCACAGGAAGCCAGAAGCCGGUCAUCAAGCAGGGCCGACCUAGCGACAUCUGGAGCCUCGGCUGCAUCCUCUACCAGAUGGCGCACGGCAAGACCCCGUUUUCUCAUCUCGGAAUGCUGAACAAGAUUCGAGCAAUCACGGAUCCCAACCACGCCAUCGCAUUCUCCGAUCUGGAGGACGGCUUCCUGGUGGAAACCUUGAGGGCGUGUUUGCGGAGGGAUCCGGCGGAGCGCGCGUCGAUUGGCGGCGCGGAUGGAUUGCUCUCGCACCCUUAUCUCCACCCCACGGCGGCGAGAGCUUCGUUGGAGGGGACGCUCAACGCAAAACUAGACGCCGCUAACGCUCUCUCUGUGAGAGCCAACGCUCUCACGGCGAGAGCCAACGCACGAGCCGCCGACCUAGAGAAGACGCUCGAAACGAAGGCGGGGGAGCGUGUCGAAGGUGUGAAGCGAGAGCUGUCGGCGAGAUACGAGGAGCUGGUGGCUGCGGAGGUGACGAAGGCGGUGGCCGAGGAACAGGCCAAGCAAAUGGCGGGACUGUCGAUCGCAAAGAGCGCUCUCAAGCACAUCAUCGCCAACACGGUCCGAGUCCUGCACGCGGAGAAGUACUCGGGAGGGAGCAGCCUCGACAGGGCCAAUCUCGACCGAAUUACCGGCCUGGUCAUCGACUUGGGUCGAGGUGGCGGAGGCGGGAUCCAGGCACCCGGCACCCGGCAGUGA